AUGGCCGCAAUUCACGUGUGUUUUUCAAGCUGCGGGUGUAAUAGAACUGCACACUGCGUAGACUGGGGGAGAAAUGGCCUGGUUUGCUAUGGAGCUUGCAGAGCGGUGGCUUUGUAUCAACCUCAGCAAUCAGAGGGUCCGGGAGGGAUUGUGGCAAAUCUCGUUGCUCAUGAAGACCGAGUGAACUGUGUCAAGUGGAUUUCAAUGCAAGAUGGAGGAGAUGAGACAGAACUUGUAUCUGGGUCUUCAGAUAGAACUGCUAUUGUUUGGCAAGGCACUGGAACAAAGGUGAGGAAUGCUGAUUGAUUUGCUUCACCA